AUGCACAAGGAGACAAGCUCUUUUUUUUCCACAAACGCGCCUUUCAGAUCAUGUUGUGGUGAAAUUGUGAUUUCCGAAGCUUUAAUCGCUGGUUUGUUGGAGUUAAUCAAGUUAUUAUUCUCGAUAUCAGGAGAUAUUUUCAUCAAACCUCUGGAUUUGAUUCUGGGAUUUCCUGGGCGUUGUAAUUAUUUGAUUAUUUCGUAUGAUCCUUUGAAUUCAUUGGCGAAAGGAUGCAAUGAAUAUUCGAUGAUAAUGGAUGAAGUGAAAGCUCUGGAAGAAAAUUUAACCACAAAUGGAGAAUUAGAAUCUGAAACAGAAGUAGGGAAGGAAGACACUGAGAAUGGAUCGAACGCAGAGAAAAAUUUCGGUAAUUCAAGCUCUGAACAAGAUACAUCAAAAGGAUCCGAAAUUGAAGAAGACGCCUCAACUGAUCCAAAACCAUUAGAUGAUCGGUUAACAUCUUCCCAAGAAACCCUAAUACAACCAGAUGAUCACGUUCAAGAAGAAAUUCCAUCAUCUCUUCCAUUAGAAACAUCAGAACCAGAAGCAAAUAAUCCAACAAGAAAUCCGGAAUCACCUUCCGGAAAAACAAAUGGUGAGAUUUGCAAUCAUGAUCAAAGGGCAUUUAAUGGCAUUUCUCCAUUGGAGAAGACUGGUUCUGAGAAACCGCUUCGGAAAUCUUAUAGUAAUGUUGAUACCAUUGCACAAUUGGAGAAGGCUGAUUCUGGGAAAAAGCUUCAGAAAACUUAUAGUAAUGCUAUUAUCGAUACCACUGCACCUUUCGAAUCUGUUAAAGCAGCUGUUUCCAUGUUUGGUGGAAUCAUCGAUUGGAAAGCCCAUAAACUCCAAACCGCUGAGAAGCGGAAGUAUAUAAUACAAGAGCUCAAAAAGGCGCGUGAAGAGAUCCCAUUGUUUAAGAAAAAGUCAGAGAAAGCCGAAGAAUCGAAGCUACAUGUGCUAAAGGAGCUCGAUGACACUAAAAGGCUCGUAGAAGAACUAAAACUUAAUCUUGAAAGAGCACAAACAGAAGAGCGUCAAGCAAAACAAGAUGCAGAACUUGCGAAACUAAGAGUGGAAGAAAUGGAGCAAGGGAUUGCUGAUGAUUCUAGUGUUGCUGCGAAGAUACAAAGAGAAGUUGCACAUGCGAGACAUGAAGCUGCUGUUUCUGAGGUGAAAACUGUUAAAAAGGAGCUUGAAGAUCUCCAAAAAGAUUAUGAAUUAUUGAUAUCUGAAAGAGAUGUAGCUAUAAAGGAUGCUAAAGAGGCUGUUUCUAAUUCGAAAGAAAUUGAGAAACAAGUUGAAGGGUUGACUAUCAAACUCAUGACAACAAAAGAGGCGUUGGAAUCCGCACAUGCCGCUCGUAUGGAGGCGGAGGAAUACAGAACCGGAAUCGGAAUGGCACGUGAAGAAGAUACUUUGAAUUGGGAGAAGGAAUUGAAAGAAUCGGAAUCGGAAUUGGAAAAAGUCGAUCGACAAAUCGUUUCAGUUGAAGAUCUUAAGUCCAAACUCGAAACUGCUUCAGUAUUACUUCACGACUUGAAAUCCGAAUUAGCUGCUUACAUGGGCGAAAAUCAUGAGAAAGAAAUGGAAAAUAACGAAUCGUUAAAUAACAAUAGCAAUACACGUAAACAGAUGCAAGACGCUAUCGAUGUGGAAAAGAUUAACCUUGAGGAAGUGAACAAAAGCAUCGAAUUAGCAACGAAUGAGGUCAAAUCAUUGAAACAAGCUGCAAAUUCAUUGAAAUCGGAACUCGAGAAAGAGAAAUCAACACUCAUCGCGAUAAAACGAAGACAAGGAAUGGCAUCAGUAACAGUAGCAUCUCUUGAAUGUGACCUAAAUAGAACAAUUUCAGAGAUUUCCCUAAUUCAAAAGAAGGAAAAAUUAGCAAGAGAAAAAGCAAUCGAACUCCCGAAACAACUUCAGAAAGCAGCCGAAGAGGCAGAUCAUGCUAAAUCGCUAGCCAGGUCAGCACAUGAAGAACUACAGAAAGCGAAAGAAAUGGCGGAUCAAGCGAAAGCUGGAGCAGAAACAAUGAGAAGCAGAUUGAUUGCUGCUCAAAAGGAGAUUGAAGCAGCUCGAGCUUCAGAAAGAUUAGCUGUUGGAGCAAUUACUGCACUUAAUGAAACCGAAUCAGCUCGAAAGAGUGAAGGAGAAUCUGGAGUUACAAUUUCUUUAGAGGAUUACUAUGAACUAACUCGAAAAGCUCAAGAAGCUGAGACCGAAGCUAAUUCGAGGGUUUCAGAAGCUAUGUCAAAGAUUGAUUUAGCAAAGGAAUCGGAAGUGAAAACAGUGAAUAACCUUGAGAAAGUAAACUCAGAUAUAGUUUUAAAGAGGAAACAACUCUCGAUUGCAAAGGAGAAAGCUGAGAAGGCUAAGGAAGGGAAACUGGCUGUAGAACAGGAGCUUAGAACAUGGAGAUCUGAAAGUGAACAAAGAAGAAAAGCUAAAGAAAAUGGAAGACAGAAAGGAUUGGUUCGUGGUAAAGAAGGCAAGAGUUCUGAAAGCAACAACAAUGUGACUGGAUCAUCUCGUGAAGGGAAGGCUCGGAAGAAAAAGAAGAAAUCGUUCUUUCCUAGAUUUUUAAUGUUCUUCAGCAAAAAGAAAGGACAUUCAAACAAGAAUAAUAAUAAUAAUACUAAUAAUAAUAAUAGUAAUAAUACAUAAUGGGGGUUACAAAGCAAUUUUUACUCAUAACUUCUGUAUUUGUAACAAUAUUAUCUACAUAGAAAUUAUAUGGGUUUGCCGCG